AUACAGUGAUAUUGAUAAUGCAGCUCAUUUGAUAAUAAGAGUCAGUUGAGGGCAACAGUCAUGGCGUACGCGUACCUGGCGCUGGCGGCGGCCGCGUGCUAUCUGCUGUACCGCUAUGUCACUAGAAACUUCAGCUACUGGGAGCAGCGCAAUGUGAAUGGGCCGCGCCCCGUGCCCCUGUUCGGCAGCCUGCAGGCGUCCGCGCUGCGCAAACGGAACAUCGCCGUCGUCUUCCGUGACAUCUACAACCAGUUCCCCAAUGACAAAGUAGUCGGCAUGUACCGGAUGACAACACCCUGCCUGCUCGUGCGGGACCUCGACAUCGCCAAGGCCAUCCUCAUCAAAGACUUCGACUACUUCUCAGACCGCGGCGUAUCCUUCAGCGAGCGCGGCCUCGGCAACAACCUGUUCCACGCGGACACCGAUAUAUGGCGCGUCCUGCGCAACCGCUUCACGCCCAUCUUCACCUCCACCAAGCUCAAGAACAUGGUGUACCUGAUGGAGCAGGGCGGGGACAGGUUCGUGGAGUAUGUACAGGGGCUCUGCGCCGAGCGGCAGGAGCAGGAGUUGCACCCGCUCAUUCAGCGGUACACGGUGGCCACCAUCUCCGCGUGCGCAUUCGGCCUCGACUUCGACACCAUCGCAGACAAGAUGCACGUGCUGCAGAAGUUGGACGACAUAAUCUUCUCGCCGUCGUUCAUCGACGAGGUGGACAUGAUGUUCCCGGGUGUCCUGAAGAAGUUCAACAUGGAUAUCUUCCCGAAGGAGAUAUCGGAUUUCUUCGACUCAUUGGUGACGAAGGUGGUGACCCAGAGGAACGGUAAGCCGACCAGUAGGAGAGACUUCAUGGAUCUCAUCCUCGAGCUGCGGCAGCAGCGCGAGAUCCAAGGCCCCAAGCGGUCGUCGGAGGAACAGCAGCGCACCCUGGAGCUGACGGACGACAUUAUCGCCGCGCAAGCGUUCGUGUUCUACGCGGGCGGGUACGAGACGAGCGCCAGCACCAUGUCCUUCAUGCUGUACGAGCUGGCUCGCAACCCUGACGUGCAGGAGAGAGUGAUACAGGAAGUAGACGAGGUGAUGAUGAAGUACGAUGGCAAGCUCACCUUCGAGGCGCUCAACGAGCUCAAGUAUAUGGAGCAGGUGUUCGACGAGACCCUGCGCCUGUACCCCAUCGUGGACCCGCUGCAGCGACGCGCGCAGCAGGACUACCAGAUCCUAGGCACCGACGUAACGGUGAAGAAGGGCCAAAUGGUGUUCGUAUCUGCGGGUGGCAUACAUCGUGACGCACAAUACUACCCUGACCCGGACAGAUUCGACCCGGACAGAUUUUCUCCAGAGAAUGUGAGCAAAAGACAUCCCUGUGCCUACAUGCCAUUCGGAGUCGGGCCCAGAAAUUGUAUCGGGAUGAGAUUUGCUAAAAUUCAAUCAAGAACCUGUUUAGCAAAAAUAUUCUCUUCGUUCCGAGUGUCCGGGACGCGCGAGGUGAUGCAGGACGUGCGCUUCGUGCCCAGGAGAUUCAUCCUGGGCUCCGCGCCCUUGAAGAUUAACAUCAUACCGCGGAAAUUAUAACCUAUCAUGUUUUGUUACAUUUAACUGUAUUAUUAAUGUUACUUAACAAUUAUUGUGAACAUAAUGCAGGGAUAUAUCGAAAAAUGUUUAUUAUAUAAAAUCAUUCGAAGUUUUUUUGUUGAGUGCAAAAAAUGUUAAUUCUCAGUGCUGUUGUAUUGAAAUGCAAACUCCUUUUGUACUCCUCGUAGAUAUGUUCAAACGGUGACGUCAAUUAACAUUCACACCACACUCCUACAUAGAUUAUUUUUAUAAGAUACUAGUUGUCGCCCGCAACACCGUCUGCGUGGAAUUCAAAAAAGUUCUACAUCUCUCAAAUUUGAACGCUAUCUCUUCAACAGGUCUGCACAUUCGCAUUUAUAAUGAUAUUAUGAAAUAAAUGUGCCAUAUGUAUACAUAAUAUUAACUAUUCAUCGUGUUUUUUGCUUUGUCAUAAAACAAAGUUUGAACAUAGCUGCAUUCGGAUAAAGAAAUAAAGAUUUUUGGGUCGAUCUCUUGCUUCACAAUUCUCAUAUUAUUAAGAACAUAUUUAACAUUGUGAUAAAUAAACUAUUUUUAAGUUA